CAGUGCUCUAUCUCCUUGCAUUUCCUCUGCUGGAGUUCUAAACUCUCUUUUUUUUUCCCUUCUUCCUCCUUAUGAAUUCACUCCUUCUCUAGCAUAUCAAGCCAAUUGUGUGAAAUUUUUUAUCAUGGGUCUGUCAAACUUCCCUUGUCCAUCAGAAGGGGUGCUACCUUUGCUUGUGAUGAACACUGUUCUAUCAGUAGCUCUGUUGAAGAACAUGUUUAGAUCCAUGCUCCAAGUAAUAUUCGGUGCCAAUAAUUCCUAUUAUCAUUAUUCUCCAGAUAUUGAUGAUGAACAAGAGAGUACUUCACAGGAAAAAGGAAGGAGGGUGUCAAUAACACACUACAAGUCCUUGUGCCGCCGCAACAGGUCCAUUACCACAGAGUGCUGCUGCUGUGUGUGUCUGUGUGGAUUUGAAGCUAAUCAGGAGGUGAGUGAAUUGCCUUGUAAGCAUUUCUUCCAUAAAGGCUGCUUGGAGAAAUGGUUUCACAACAAACACAACACUUGCCCUUUAUGUCGUUCCAUAGAAUAACUAGGAUUAAUUGGCUCAGAGCUAUGUUACAUAGUGGAUGGAAUUAAAAUUAAUCAAUCAAUUGCUAUUUCUCUGUUUGGUUUAAUAGUGUGGAACAAAAUUGGAGAUGACAUUGCCUUUUUUCUUGAUUUGUAUAUUCAAUUCAUGAUAAUUAACAUGUUUCUAAUUAGUUUUCAGCACUGCGUCAUUCGUUCAAUCCAUGUAAUUUCAAUUUAAUUGGGUGUAUGGAUGUGUAUUGUGGUAUCUCAGUUGGGAAUCAUGUUUGACUGUCAUCACUGAAAUUUCAUUUUACUCUUGAAAAUUUCAGACUAAAA